AUUUGGCUGGUGAUGACGAAGUAAAGCGACCGUUUACACACUGAAGAUCUUUAACUUCGGAUGUUUAAUGUUUCAAAAUUCAAAAUUGAUUUGAAAUGGUAACAGAUUUUAAUGUCAACACCUUGUUAUAUUGUCUCGCUUUCUUAGGCAAAGAAUUCCUCGACUACAUCUGCAGUUUCAUUACUUCUGAGAACGAUGAGACUACGGACGCUUUUCUUCGCUACUUGUAUGGUGAUGGCCGUGGAUUCUAUGCCGCAGUUCGAGCUUACGAAGCGAGAAAUGCAAGCUUUUGAAGCUGUUCUGGGCAACAGCCGUCCUCUGAGCAUCAGCAGCGCGGUCCCAGUAUUCGCUUUUUCUGACAAUACUCCAUCAAAAUUCGUAGAACUUCCAGAAGGGAAGCUGAAUGGUCUGGCAUUGGACCGGUCAGGUGAACCUCCGAUUCCUGCUAGCAAAAUUCAUUUCGAAGAAUCGUUUGCGCGUGGAGCGACUGAUGGACCUGUGUUCGAUUCCCGAAGCGGCCUGCCCAAACAUCAAGGAGUUGUCGAUAUUGGAAAUUUGGCCUCAAAACAACCUCGAAGUUUCAGUCAGUUAGGCGACGAAAGUUUUGUUCUAUCAUCAAGCCACAACUUGGAUAGCUUCCAAGGUGGUAGUUCGCUAACAUCACCGAAACUUGAUUUUGGCUUCAAGCCAUUACAGGAGACCACUUCCAAAAUCCACCAAGGAAGCGAGUUCACUGCAUCCCAGGUUGUUAAAUCAACUUUCUCCCCGUCUCCUCAAAUUGACCUGACUGGCGGAGGAACAUUUAGACCUUCAAACUCAGUAAAACAAUUUGGAGAUCCAGGUGUUCUCACUGACGAUAACUUAGCCUUCACAAACUUUGGGGUGUCCGGUUUUGGGACUUCAGUUGGGGACGUGGAUCUUACGAGUGGUUUUGGUUCUACAGUGCUUUCAAACGUGCGCGGAGGCUCAAAAGAACCGUUUGAUGUCAAAGCAGUUUCUGUAACCGGGAAACAUCUUCGAGAAGACGAUAAUCUGUACAGACAUCAUGUAGGUGCAAGUUUGGUGCCAACACAUGGAGGUGGUCCUGGAACGACUGUAGUAGGCAAAAUUCACGCUAGCAAGGGACAUAAUGUGGUUAAUACUGUUGGUAUCGCCAUUGGAGGGGUCCUUGAUGGUGAAGGUGAUUUGGUGACCCGUUCACUCGACAGCCAGGAAAAUAAUUUCUCGAAGAACACGGUUAAUACCGGUAACAUUCAAAAACAAGUUUCAAAUACACUCUCGACCAGCCAGUCAGACUCCCACGCUGUAGUUGGGACUUCAAUUUCUUUCGGAGACCCGAAAGCGCGCAUAAGAGGAACUGUUGAAAGUGUUCCUAUAAGUAUUCGUGACAUUGCAGGGCAAAAGCAUGGAUCAUCUCUUUUGGGUGGAGUGAGUCAGGACAGAUUCAGGGCUCAUGAGUCACAACGACAAAGCCUUUCACUUGAACCCCAACAAUUCACAAAUGUAUCGCCCGAGAAUUCGAAAAACGUAAACUUUGAUAAUAUAUUCAAAUCCUCGUCCGUUCAGUUUCCUAACAUCCCUGAUAUUCAGCUGCCGCUUCAAGCCGCCGGAAGCUCAGCUGGAAAGAAUUCUAAUCCUGGAAUUCCUGAAGGAAGAGCAGCGUCGCCAUUCGGGCUUGAAACUGCCUCCAAGAUCAACGACGAAAAACCAGCACUGCUUUCGGUCCACAACUUCCGUCCGCCUAGCCAAAACCAAGUCAAAACACCAGGAAGAGUUUCACCUUCAUCAAAUCAUGAAAAUCCACACUCACCAAGCCAAGAAGGUACCAAGCGAAGCGAACAAAUCUUGAAACUUCUUCGCGAACGCGCUGCUGCACAAAACUCUGAUAGUUCUUCCCAGCAGCUGUCAGAAAAGCCCUCUCGAAACAGCUUCUCUAUUCCAGGUUCUGUUUCUUCUCAGAAUAGACAAGUUGGACAGGACAAUAAACAACAAAACUCACCGAGUGCUAUUUCCCUACAGAACAAACAGAUCGCUGACACUCUGGCCAAAAUUAGGAAUCAGCCUGGAGGACAACAAUCUGUUAUCCUAGCCAAAUCUCCCGCUCAAGCAGCAGCAAGCCAGUUCUCCGUGUCGCAAAUUCACGAACUUCUGAAGUCAUCUCAGCUGUCGACCUUGGCAGGCAGUAAGCAGCAGUCGUCCGGAUCAGUAAACCCAAAUUCUUCUCGUACAUCGGGUUCACAGUCUUCAAGUCAACUUUUGGCCAUAUCUGCAGGCAACAAGCCCCAGCAGCCUUCGCUAUCUUCUAAUCAACAGCUUUCUACUUCUUUAGGUCCAAGACCUCAACAGUCUGCCGUUUCUUUGGGUCAACAGCUCUCUUCGUCAGCUUUGAAACAAUUUUCGGUUUCGAGUCAGUCGUCAUCUUUAGCAACAGGUCAACAGUCCUCUAUUUUAUCAGGAUUGAAGAACCCUCAGAAGACUGUUGGAUCAUCUGGAACAACUAUUGUUCACGCUACUAGCGGCCAGACUAAAUCAAGUCUCCCUCCUUCAGCUCUCAAGUCAUUGGCAGGUCUUGGAAAUCUUGGCGGGCUGGGAGCUUUAGCUGGUGCUUCAGCUGCAGGAGGUCAACCUCAAAUAAUUGUCAAAAGUAUGUCCGAAACGUGA